AUGGAAUUCUCGACUCUAGAAGCACGUCUCGCUACCUUUCCACCUCCUUCCAAACGGUCAAAAAUUGGAUGGCCGCACAAAACCCCCACCGCUGAAGCCCUCGCCAAAGCAGGCUUCUACUACAAACCACUAGCCAACAGCAAUGAUAAUGCCAUGUGCUACCUCUGCGAAAGGUCGCUCGACGGCUGGGAAUCCGAUGAUGACCCUAUUCAAGAGCACUUGACACAUUCAAGCGACUGCGGCUGGGCAAUAAUGAUGAGCCUUGCACAAGAUGGCACCCCAGAUGUCAACAAGAUGGAAGACCCUACAGAGCAGCACUAUGUGGAGGCUAGAAGAGCCACCUUCUCGAUAGGUUGGCCACAUGAAUCGAAACGAGGAUGGACUUGCAAAACAGAGAAAAUGGUGGAAGCUGGGUGGUACUACGCACCUAUACCUGAGAGUGAUGAUUUUGUGAGCUGCGCCCAUUGCAAACUGUCACUUGAUGGAUGGGAACCCAAAGACAACCCUUUCGAUGAGCACUACCGCAGGUCUCCCGAGUGUCCCUUCUUCCACUUUGCAGGCACCACAGCCCCCACCAAACGACCAAAGGCAAAGAAAGGCCGUGCGUCAAGAUCCUCCCGAACAUCGAAAGCAUCUACUAGAUUGUCAACACAGUCGGUCAAUGCGACAAUUCUUUCGGAAGCUCCGAGCACCAAUGACAUUCCAGAUCUUGACGAAUCGAUAGACACUAGUGGCGUCUCAGUCCAGUCUAUGAUGUCGACUGCAUCCACAGCUACUACAAAGGCCAAGAGGAAAGCAGCAGCAAAACCGAGAGCGACCAAGGCCAAGAAAGCAAAAGCAACUAGGGCUACAAAGUCGAAGAAACAGCAAGUUGAGCCCGAAGAGUCCGAAGAGCCACGAGGGCAGACAACACAAGAAGAACCUCUGUCUCAAAAGUGGGAGGAGCCAGUGGCCGACAUUGUGGUGCAAGAGGAUCUGCCACUUGAAGAACAGCCGCUACCAAGUCCCGUAGCUACCCCUCAUGGCGAUAUAGAAUAUCCAACCAUGCCUCCUACUCCAGGACUUGGGGAAGGGCCAGUGCGAUUGAGUCCCGUUGCACCACCACCAGGGCCAUCCCCUACACCGGUUCGAACGAGAACACGGAGAUCAUCAGUCAAAUCAACAACUACACCCCGGAGAUCAAGCAGAACACAGCAGGUAGCGGACCCUACGACGACAUUAUCUCCAUCACCACCCUCAGACAUCGAAAACGCACCUCCAAGUUCUCGUCCGGCGUCUGUUCGGCCUCCACCUCCUCAAAUUGUCCCUGUCGCAUUCUCCUCCCCAGGAGAGCCAACCACAACAUGGUCACCAGCCGACAUAGAGAUGAUACUAGAACCAAAUACACCACAACCAGCAGAUCUAUUCGCACUUGGAGCCGGGACCUUAAGCGACAAGGAAGCAAACAUGACAGUGCAGGAGUGGAUCGAACACGUUGCAGGUGAGGCAGAGAGAGGCCUCAGAAAUGAAGCAGAACGGGUCGUCGGAGUUUUUGAGCGUGAAGGUCAGAGAGCUAUGGGUGUUUUGGAAGCCAUUGUAUGCGUUUGA